CAAAGUUCAACAACGGAAACCGAACUAGCUAGCUCUCCCUUUCCUCCAACCACCGGACCCAUGGAGAAAAAAACCGAAGACGACGAGACCGAGUCAUGGCCGAGUCGCGACUGGGCCGAGUUGACUCACGAGUGCCUCAUCGACAUCCUCGCUCGGCUCAGCCUCGUGCACCGAUGGCGGGGCCCCAUGCUCGCCUGCAAGUCGUGGCUCAACGCCUGCAAGGAUCCCUCUCUCCACGCCUCCUUCGAUCUCGAGACUCGGUUCAACUCGGAGGCCGAGUCGCCUCGCUGGUGGUCCCCCGAGUUCGAGCGCAAGGUCGAUUCUAUGCUCCGAUCCGUCGUCGAGUGGAGCGACGGCUCGAUCACAAGGAUUCGCACCAGGCACUGCUCUAAUGGUGCCCUCUCUUUCGCCGCUGAAAGGUGUCGGAUUCUUGAGGUUCUUUCAAUCAAGAGCUGCCCAAAUGUUACUGAUGUAUCCAUGGCUACAAUUGCUUUCCGGUGUCCCAUGCUCAAGGAGCUUGACAUUAGCUACAGCUAUGAAAUAUCUCACGAGUCGUUGGCGUUGAUUGGAACGAAUUGUCCGAACCUUAAGUUCUUGAAACGGAACUUGAUGAACUGGUUAGAUCCUUCCCAACAUGUUGGAAUUGUCCCAGACGAGUAUCUUAAUGCUUGCCCUCAAGAUGGGGAUGCGGAAGCCGCUGCAAUCGGGAAAUCCAUGCCUCAUUUGGAGCACCUUGAACUUCGGUUCUCCAAGUUAUCAGCUAAAGGACUUAUUUCAAUAUCUGAAGGGUGUUUGAAUCUCAAGUACCUGGAUUUAUUCGGGUGUGCGAACUUAACCAGUAGGGAUAUCGCAAAUGCAUCAAGCAAUCUGAAGAACUUGAAGGAGAUAAAAAGGCCAAACUUUUACAUCCCUAGGUCGGUUUUUCACACGGAAAGGUAUGGUCACUGGAGGCUAUAUGAUGAGAGAUUCCAAACGGACGUGUUUCGAAUCUAGCCAGGUAAACUUGGGAACAGAACAUUGGCGACCACAUAUUUGUGAUUUGAUAAAUUAUUAUAUUCCUGUGAGUACGUAUGUUGUGUUUGUAUUUUUGUGGCGAUGCCGUAGCAAUGUUAUUACUUCCAUAAUAAUAAAAAAUUUUAGUUGUGCUUCUUUGUUUUUC